GAGCUGUGGAAGCGAUUUGAUUGGUCGACAGACAGCGGAGGACAAUGGCAUCGCAUAGCGUACUGACGGAACAGCUGAUUGAAAUGGGUUUCCAAGACAAACAAAUUGCGGACGCGUUGACCCGAUUGGGCGAAAAGGCGACCAUCGAGUCGGCCAUCGAGACGCUGGAGUCGGAACAGAAUGGCGGCCCAAUCACCGCUGGAACCACUGAUGGAACCGAUGACAGUGUACUGAAACUGCCGGCGCUGACCGCCGAACAGACGGCCGCUGAGAGCGGUUUGAGCGCCGAAGAGAAGCGCGCCUUAUAUGAGGAGAGGAUUAAACUUCGCCGCAAAGAACGCGAAGAGAAAGACAAAGAGGAAGCGCUGGCGCGCGAGAUCAAGCGCCGGGAGGACGGCAAGGGUAUGGGCAAAAUGAAGGAGGAGUUGGAACAGCUGCAGAGGGCGCGACUCGCCGAAGACAUGCGGCGCGAAAAGGCCGCAGAGAAGGCGGCCAAAGACGCCAUUCUUCGCCAGAUAGCGCUCGACCGGGAAGACCACAAGCGGCGCAACGCCGCGGCUAUGGCCGGCGCCACCGCUACGGCCGACGCCGCGGCGGCUGCGGCUCCUGUGCCACUUCCCGCACGACCGGCCGCUUCGCUCAACUCGGACGGCAAGACCCGAUUGGCCAUACGUUUGUUAGACGGCCGUCAAUUGGUCAAUGAGUUUGAUUCAAGAGAGUCGCUGAGCGCCGUACGCGUCUAUGUGUACACCCAGUGCUCAAUGGAGGGCGAGAUAUCGUUUGUGAUGCCACCCCUUCCGGCCUUCACCGAAGAGGACAUGCAGAAGCCGUUGAACGUGUUGGGUCUGUGCCCGUCGGCCAGAGUGCAUGUGAUUAAACGUUAACCCCGUGUGUCUGUAGCACAGGGUAGUGACAGUCUCUCUCUCUCUCUCCCGUUCCCUUUCUGUUUCCCGUAUUUUCAUCCCGUUUUUCAUAUGUUUUUUUUUAAUACAAACACUAUUUUUCUGUCAUUUUGU